CUUCUAAUCGUGACCAUUCUCUGAGAGUCUGAAGAACAUCCUCUCUUCAACUCUUUUCGCCGGAUACACCAAACUCCGGUGAUCUGAAAAAAUGCCGAAGUGCUUCAGCUUCACGGCCACGAGGGAUUGGUUGCACCGGCAGUCCUUCUCCAAGGCGGGUCUCAGGUCCACCACCACGGACCUCGGUGACGGCACCGUCAUGCACUGCUGGGUCCCCAAGGCGUACAGCCACUCCAAGCCCAAUCUCGUCCUCAUCCACGGCGUCGGAGCCAACGCAAUGUGGCAGUGGGCCGACUUCAUCUCCCCUCUGAUUCCACACUUCAACGUCUACGUGCCGGACCUGGUCUUCUACGGGGACUCCUACACGGUCCGGCCCGAGCGGUCCGAGGCCUUCCAGGCACGGUGCUUGAUGGGCCUGUUGGAGGCCCAGGGGGUGGUGAAGACCGUGAACUUGGCGGGGAUCAGCUACGGCGGAUUCGUGGCGUACAGCAUGGCGGCGCAAUUUAGGGAGCGCGUGGAGCGGGUGGUGCUUUGCUGCGCUGGGGUGUGCAUGGAGGAGAAGGAUAUGGAUGAGGGGCUUUUCACGGUGAAGAGUGUGGAUGAGGCCGUUAGCAUUCUGUUGCCGCGGACACCGGAGAAGAUGAGGCAGCUCAUGCGCCUGACGUUCUUCAAGGUCAACUACAAGGGCGUCCCCUCUUGCUUUCUUAACGAUUUCAUCCAUAUGAUGUGUACAGAAUACCACCAAGAGAAGAAAGAUCUGAUUGAAGCAUUGCACAAGGAUAGAAAAUUGUCUGAUCUUCCCAAGAUAAACCAGCCUGCACUACUAAUCUGGGGAGAACAAGACCGGGUAUUCCCUCUGGAAUUGGCGUACAGAUUAGAAAGGCAUGUGGGUGAGAAUGCACAACUAGUAAUCAUGAAGAAUGCAGGACAUGCAAUCAACAUUGAGAAACCCAAAGAGAUGGUGAAGCAUAUCAAGUCCUUCCUCAUUCAUCCACUUCCUUCGACUACUAAGCAAGUGAACCACAGCAAUGGCAGCAAUGGCUGCAAGGUGGACUGAAGCCCUAUCUACCAGAAAAUAUGGAGAUAAUUCUGGAGAUGUAUGUAGGUUCUACUUAGAUGGCAACGUUUAGACCUCUGUUUGAUUCUUAAAAUUUUAGUUUCAGUGUCUUGUUUUAAA